GGGUGUUGUUGUUCUGUCUUGGUGUUUGUUAGUCUUAUACUUCACCUCAUGUUUAUACCUCUUAUACAUUCCUCCACAUAUUACGGUAAGAGAGACAAACCGCCCAAAAUGCCUUACCUCGUCCUCCCAGCCCUCAUCCCCGACAUCCGGCCCUGCUACGACGCCUACUUUGCCGCCUUCACCACCGACCCCUCCGGCUCUUUAUUGCUCGACAUCCUCUUCCCCUCGGGCGUCACGUCCGAGGAGUUUCGCGAGGCGCACACCAACGGCACCCUGCAAUGGUGGCACACCUCCGAGACGCAGUACACCUACAAGUGUGUCGACUCGGAGACGGGUGAGAUCAUCGGCAUGGCCCUCUGCGACGUGUUUGUCAAGCCUAGAACAGAAGAGGAGCGCAAGAUGCCAGAGAUUGGGUGGCUUCACGGGGAGCAGAGGACACGGGCGGAGAGGGUGCUGGACGGGCUUUGGAGUGCGAGGGAGAGGAUUAUGGGGGGGAGGCCGAGAGACUCUUGUGCUUCCUGCAGAGACCACGUGCUGUAUUGUUUCCUGGGAGGGCACCAUCUCGCUAAUAUCAUCACCGCAACAGACAUCCACGCUUUUGCCGUUGACCCCAAGCACCAAGGCAAGGGAGCUGGCUCUGCUCUUGUCCAGGCCAUUGUUGACCUCGGAAACACUAUCGGACUGCCCAUCUACCUCGAAGCGACGCCCACAUCGGAAAACGUGUACUUCAGAAAGGGCUUCAGGAGAGUCCCCGCGGAUAUAGCCCAGGUGGUUCACGAGGCGGCCGUGUUGGGGACCAAAGAGGACGUGGAGGUACCGCUCAUGGUGAAGCUGCCGCAGGGUGUGUAUGGAGUCAAGGUUGAUGGGAGAAAGUUGGGGGAGGUGUGGGCGGAGUGGGAGGAGGAGAGGAAGCAACAGCAGCAGCAGCAGCAGCAGCGCCAACAACAGGUUCAACAACAACAACAACAACAACAACAACAACAACAACAACAACAACCAGACGUUGAGGUUAGACCAUAA